AUGACUGUUUCUUUGGCAUUUUUCUAUCCAAAAAUUGGCAAUGAUCGCAAAUCAUAUGGACCUACACAUGUAUCUCAAAUUCUUGAGAAAUCACUUUCUAAAACACUAUCAUUCUAUUAUCCCUAUGCUGGAAGGUUGAAGGAUAAUGGUUGCUCUGUUGAUUGUAAUGACAUGGGAGUUGAGUUAUCACACGUUCGUGUACAUUGUCCCAUGUCUCAAAUAUUUAGACAACCUUACACUCAGGCUGAACAUGUUGUCUUUCCUGUAUACGCCAACAAUGAAGGAAGUUUAGCUCUAACUCAGGUAAGCCAUUUUGAUUGUGGAGGAAUAGCUAUUGGUGGACGCUUAUCACACAAGAUCGGAGAUAGUUGCACCGCCAAUAAUUUCUUCUACAAUUGGGGAGUUUUGAGCCGUGAUAUAAAUGCAACACCACCAGCUAAUACUCACUUUGUUGGAGACUCCAUAUACCCCCAACCUAAUGAUCUUUUUGUUAUAUCAACUAUAAAGUCAGGAGAACAAGAAGGAUAUAUAGGAAAAAGGUUCCAGUUCCCAGCUGAUAAAGUAAAGGCACUCAAGGCCAAAUUAGCUGUUGAUUCAAGAGUUCAGAAUCCUACUCGUUGUGAAGUUUUGAGCGCGCUUAUUUACAAAUGCGCUGUAGCUACAGGAAGAAUACUGAAUUCUGGUUCAUUUAAACCAUCUUCAUUGUUACAAGUUGCAGAUAUGCGUCAAAGACUCAACCCACCUUUGUCACACGAUGCAUGCGAAAAUAUCAUAUCAGGUUAUUUCGUGGAAAUAAAUAAUGUAAGAGACAUAAAUUGUACGAAAUUGGUAAGCGAAAUGAGGAAAGGGAAACUGAAACUUCAGGACAAAGAGAAUGCUACAAAAACACAAUCAUCUCAGUAG